GAGCUGUUAGGUGAUGUUCGCUCUGAUUAUGAUUAACUGAAGAUCUGGAGUUUGGUUUCCACCACUUUGGUCUGUCAACAGCUUUGCAGAGAUUCCUCUCUCCAGGUAGGGUGGGGUCCAGAAUCGGGCAGGUCUUCGCCAGCCUAAUCAAGGUGAGACUUGCGUCUUGUGGAUCCUUGUUCCCUCCGGGUGCGGCCGAGCGGCCUGGAUACUGGAAUCGUACAGCUUUUAGAAGGCCGCCCCUCCGGAAAACCCCACAACAACUGCUAGAACCAUGGCAACAACACCUGAUGCUUCUUUUGACACUCUCAUGAAUGGAGUGACCAGCUGGGAUCUUCCCGAAGAGCCCAUUCCCAGUGAGCUCCUUCUUAUUGGGGAGGCAGCCUUCCCAGUGAUGGUGAAUGACAAGGGCCAGGUGCUCAUUGCUGCCUCAUUCUAUGGUCAAGGCCGCCUUGUGGUAGUAUCCCAUGAGGGCUACCUGAUGCAUGCUGGCUUGGCUCCAUUUCUUUUCAAUGCAGUGAGCUGGCUCUGCCCCUGCCCAGGGGCUCCCACUGCAGUGCAUUCUUCCUUGGCAUCACUAGUUAACAUCCUGGGUGACUCUGGGAUAGAGGCCCCGGUUCAGCCUGAACCAGGAGAGGCUCUGGGAGUUUACUGCAUUGAUGCCUACAAUGACACCUUGACUGAGAAGCUGAUCCAGUUUGUGAAGCGUGGUGGAGGCUUGCUCAUUGGGGGUCAGGCCUGGUAUUGGGCCAGUCAACAUGGUAGUGACAAGGUGCUGUUCAGUUUCCCUGGGAACCAGGUGACAAGUGUGGCUGGAGUGUAUUUCACAGAUGUCUAUGGGGAUAGAGACCGGUUCAAGAUCUCUAAGAAGGUACCCAGGAUCCCAGUGCACAUCAGGUGUUGGGAGGUGCUCAGGCGUGACCAGGAGCAGCUUCUGGAUGGGAUCUCUAAGUUGGACAUCAAGACUGGAGGUGUCCCCUCCCAGCUGCUGGUGCAUGGGUCCCUGGCCUUUCCUCUGGGGCUAGAUACUGACCUUAGCUGCUUCUUAGCAGCUGCCCACUAUGGCCGUGGCCGCGUGGUGUUGGCUGCACAUGAGGCCAUGCUCUGUGAUUCUAAGAUGGAGCCCUUUUUGUUCAAUGCUAUACGUUGGUUGGCUAAAGAUCAGGGAGACAAUAUUGGGGUGAACAAAUGUCUCAAAAAUCUGCAUUCCUUAUUGUUGGAGCGUGGGUUGAAAUGCAGCCUGAAGUCCAAUUUGGCCCAUGACAUGUGUGUCUACUGCUGUGUGGCUUAUAGUGACCAGGAUGCCAAGAAAAUACAGGAGUUUGUUGCAGAGGGUGGAGGCUUGCUCAUCGGUGGCCAGUCCUGGUGGUGGGCUUCCCAGAACCCAGGAAGCUCUGCUUUGGGUGGUUUCCCUGGGAACAUCAUGCUCAAUACCUUUGGCCUCAGCAUCUUGCCUCGGACCCUCAGCCCCGGCUGUUUCCCUGUCCUCCCUGCAGAGAUAAGGGACUACCACUUUCGAAGGGCUCUCUCUGAGUUCCAGGCAAUGUUGAACCACAAAGGUGGGAACUUAGAAAAGAAGUAUUUGGUAAGGUUGGGAGUAGACGCUUCUGGCUUCCUUCAGAUACCUGCCCAGGGAAUUCCUGCUUAUAUAUCUGUGCACCGGAUCUUGAGGAAGAUGCUGCGACAGUCAGGCCUCCCAGCUGUGAGCAAGAGAAAUCCAAUCUCCAGUCAUUCCUGCGAGGCUGCAAUGCUACAUAUAGCCACAGAGCUAGCACAUUCUGGAACCGACUGCUCCCAGCUAGCUCAUUGCCUUGGCACUCAGACUGACUCCUCCAAUCUCUGCCCCUCAGAGGACCCAAUUACGGUAGAGAUCAAUGGAACCAACCCAGGUGACAGUGAUGCCUGGAUGAGCACUGGGCUCUACCUCCUGGAAGGACAAAGUGCAGAGAUUUUUCUCUCUGAACCUGCUGCUUCUGCUGGCCUGAAGGUACAGGUUGGAUGUCACACCGAUGACCUUAGCAAGGCCAGAAAGCUGUUUCGAGCUCCGGUGGUAACUUACCAGUGUUGUAUGGACAGAAUCCAACGGUCAGUCUCCUGCCUCUGGGGUGGUCUCCUGUACAUCAUUGUGCCCAAGGGCUGCCAACUUGGCCCAGUAUCUGUUACCAUCAAGAAGGCAGUGCCUGCCCCAUACUACAAACUAGGUAAGACAUCGCUGAAGGAGUGGAAGAGCUGUAUCCAGGAGAACCUGGGUCCCUGGGGAGAGCUGGCCACAGACAACAUCAUCCUGACAGUGCCAACUACGAGCCUCAAGGAUCUGGAGGAUCCAGAGCCUCUGCUCAAACUCUGGGAUGAGAUGAUGCAGGCUGUGGCCAGGCUAGCAGCCCAGCCCUUCCCUUUCCAAAGGCCUGAAAGAAUUGUCGCUGAUGUGCAGAUCUCAGCUGGCUGGAUGCAUUCGGGAUACCCCAUCAUGUGCCACCUGGAGUCUGUGCAGGAGCUCGUCAGUUUGACAACCAUAAGAAGUAAGGGCCUGUGGGGACCCAUCCAUGAGCUGGGCCACAAUCAGCAGCGCCGGGGCUGGGAGUUCCCCCCACACACCACUGAGGCCACCUGCAACCUCUGGUCAGUCUACGUUCAUGAGACAGUCCUGGGCAUUCCCAGGGCUCAAGCCCACCCUGCCCUGAAACCUGAAGAACGAGAGAAGAGGACCAAAGAACAUCUUCAGAAGGGAGCACCCCUGUGCAACUGGAGUGUCUGGACAGCACUGGAGACAUAUCUGCAGCUCCAGGAGGCCUUUGGGUGGGAACCAUUCAUCCAGCUCUUUGCUGAGUACCAAACCUUUUCUCACAUCCCCCAAAACAAUGAGUGCAAGAUGAACAUGUGGCUGAAGUUGUUCUCUGAAAAGGUGCAGAAGAACCUGGUUCCUUUCUUUGAGGCCUGGGGCUGGCCUAUUCAGAAGGACGUGGCUAGUGACCUGGCCAGCUUUCCUUGCUGGCAGGAUCACCCCCUGAGGAUGUACAUGGAGAAGUAAGGGCUGUGGAGGAGGAAGGUGGGAGGUGGGCAUUGGGGUGUGAUGGGGAGGAAUGAGGAAGCACUGUACUGUUCUACUGUGUUCUGGCUUGGGAUACUCUCUGCCUUAACUGUUUUUCUCAACUGUUUGUCUUUAAAACAUAUUUUGGCUUGUUUUAAAUAUCAUUCUAUGCUUUCCAUCUCAUCAGCACAUCCUCAACUCAGGGACCAUUUGCUUAGAUAUCACCAGUAUCACUUGGGUGGUGCUUCGCACAUGAAAAGCGCUAAGGAAAUACUUACUAUAUGAAAGAACACCAAAGACUCCUAACACAGAAGAAAAGUCAGUCCAUUGUCCUAGGACUUGUGUACAGCGUUUUCUAUGAAUGACACAAAUAAUUUCCCAGCAGACUUCCAAGGCAGAUACAGGUAACCUUUGCUCAUCACACAGGAGAAAAUGACGUGGCUAUUAAACAACUUCCAUAGACGAAGCUGAGAAGAGGGUGUGUCAGGUUUGACAGAUGUACAUAACAAUGAUAAACUGUAGACCUUAUCCUCAAUAGAUUUAUGAUUUUAACAAAAAUUUGCCCAAAAGUUAAUGACCUUUAACUUUUUUCCUAUGCUUAUUAUUGAAUUUUGACUAAAUACCAGGUUAAAUCUCUAAGUGGUUUUGCUGUGUGAUACUUUGUAUAGACUCAUGUGCCUUGGGAAAAUAUUUGAACUAAGAAAUUUCUCUUCCCAAACUGGUGAUAUUCUUUUUUUUUUUUUGUCAGUCAGCUUUAUUUCCAACAGAAAUCACUAAAUAUUUAUACAUAUUUAUAUAAAUUAGGCAAUGCUCUCCAGCAUUCUUAAUUGUGAGGGGAGGGAGAGUUGAGUCGAAAUGUAAUGCAAGAAUGAAUGGGUUAUCUAAGAGACAAAACAAAAACCUAACUUUGUACACUAUGUUUCUUUAGGAUCUAGAGCCCUAUGGUAGUUUCUUCUUAAUCCUGCAAACAGUCUCAAUUCUUGCUUUUAUGCUCAUGGUUAAUUGUCUGUGGCCCACAUAUUAUGCUUGAGUCCAAAAAAAAAAACAAAUUUUUCUUUUCAUAAUUUUAUAUCUCUAUUUCUAGCAACAUAGGAGAAUAAUAUUCAAGAACAGUAAACUCAGACAAAGCCCAGGCAUGAGUGUAGGGGGUGUCAUGGAUUCUCACUGUAGUUGGAAAGCUGUUGGCAAUCUGUGCCUGCUUGGAGGAGAGUCAGCUUUAGACAUGUGACCCCUGAGAGGCCCCCUUCGCGCCACACACAUGCCAUACAGCACUAAGUGGACUCGUGGACUCGGUGGGCUUAAAAGAUAAGCACACACGUUUAGGAGCAAAAGGAUGGGGAGGGAUGGGAAGGAAAUGGGGAGUGGUUUUGAUUAAAGCACCUUAUAUGCAUGUAUGGAAUUCUCAACCAAUAAAAAAAGAACAAUAAAUUAGAUACAAGCUCA